AUGCUUUUGCUUGAGCCCCUCGUGCCUCGUGAGGCCUUAGAGUUGGACCGGCCGCGGUCGGUGGAAGCAUGGGCUUGGCUGGCAAAAGAGAUGUUGUAUUUCUUUGCAAGGUCAGGGUGGGAUUUCAUGAGAAAGGCUAAAGCCCCCCCGCCUGGUAUUGUACGCUUCUUGUGCUUUGCCUCGCUUCCGCUCUGGAGUGACGAGUAUUCGAGGACUGCCAUGGCGAGUCAGUUCUGCAAAGAGCUUGACCUGCUGCUGGUGGCUUUCUUGGACACUGGGGGUGAGCACUGCGCGAUUCUUGCGCUACAAGGCCCCCCAGGUUUGCCAACACCAGCCCAGAACCAGCCACAGCCAGUUACCAGCCAGCUGUUGCUCACUCAACUCCUCCAAGCGCAGAACAUGCAAAAUCAGAUGCUAGCCGAGCAGCUCGAGCAACUCAAGUUGAUGCAGCAGCAGUACAGCGCACACCCAAGCAAAACCUAUACCCAGCCGCAGGACAUUCUUGACGCUAUCGAUCCCAGCCUAGCGAGGGAGUUAGCAAAGUGGGCCAAGGACUACAAGUCUUCUUUGAACCAUGCAGUCACCCAGCAGGGACUUCAGCACAAAUAUCAGGAAUUAGAAGCAGCCAGUGAAAUACACAAGCAAUUCCAAACUGAAGCCCUGAAAAAGUGGCAGUGGCCAGAUGCUUUCAAAGCAACAGCAAAGAAGAUGACACAUAUGCGCGCAGUCUUGCCUGAUGGGGAAGCGGAUGAGUUCGAGCUUCCUGAUGGAAACGCUCCGCCCUUCAACAUUGAAGAUGAAUUUGCAGCAAUGAGACGGAGACACGCAAAAGAGUGCCAUGAUUUUGUUUUAGCCUACCAAAGGCAAUGUACCCAGUUCUUCCAGGAUGAGGUGCACCCAGCCCGUCAGAUGAUCAAAGCCGAAGACAUACUCCAUGCCUGGACUCGCAAGAAUCGCGCAGUGCUCACCCCCAGUGUCCAAGAAAGCCUCCAGCAGCAGGUCAAGCUCUUUGCAGAACUGACCUUUAGGACAGAGCAGCCAAAAGCACUGUCGCGUUGCGAGCGUGAACGGGAGCAACACACAACCAAAAAAGAGGCACUUGUUAAAGCAGAGGCCGAGUUCCGACUCAUGGAUGUCAACAAGCUUCUCGCCAUGGCAGUCCUCGAAUACUCGUCACUCCAGGGCGGAAGCGAGGCAAAGCACAAGAAGCGUACAAUACCAGGCGGGGGGGCUUUAGCCUUUCUCAUGAAAUCCCACCCUGACCUUGCAAAGAAAUACAACAUCUCUUUUGCCAGCCAAGCCCAUGCUUCCACCGACCGCGGCCGGUCCAACUCUAAGGCCUCACGAGGCACGAGGGUCUCAAGCAAAAGCAUUGCACGCAGCAGCAAAGCCAGCAGACAAGGCCGAGCUUCCAGACACACCAGCCGAAGUACCAGCCGAACAACCAAUGCCUCCCAGAAAAGCUCAGCCAGUAAAGCACACAAAGGCAAAGGUAAAGGUCAAGGAAAAGGCAAGGGCAAAGGAAAGGGUAAAGGGAAGCACGGGAAAGGGCAGAAGCACACCCGCAUACAGACCCCCGCCCCACGCCGCUCUUGA